AUGAUUCCCUCGAUUCUUCUCAUCUCGAUGAUGUUGCGGGUGACUUUCAAACUAUCUGGGCCUUCAUCGUACAUUGGCUCGGGCAACGGGACGUUGAUGUCGUCGUCUUGGAUCGCAACGGGGCGUCCAAAGCUGAUCGAGAUCAAUCGAUCCAUAUUGAACACAGCCCAGAAAAGACGAUGUCUCAUUUCGAUCUGGGUCGAGCUCAUUUUUCUAGCUUCCACGUCUCUAAUUUUGCGAUUCAAUCCCAGGGAGACAGCAAGUCGUGUCAGCACCCCAACAAUAGACCACGAAUACAGGCCUUUGGGAUCGAAAAAGGAGUAUAUUCCUAGCAACACCAAAGAACGCACGCUGGAUACGUCUUGGAAAGAAACAGCGGAAGUUAGCAAACUCAUGGAUUUGGACGAAAACAUUUUGGAAUAA